CCUGCACUAACUCCAAUUGAUGCAGAAUUCAAGACAAACCUCCAGAAGCCCGUAGGUCUUCAAUUUGCGCAGGCCCUCGCAUGCAUUUGUCCGAGAGGACGCUGCUUCGAUUCACAGCAAUGGCCGAUAUGUAGGAUCGAUCAACCUUAGAUUUAUCGCGGAUAUGGAUGCAAUGGUAGUGAAUGACCUCGAGAGGCUAUUAUGGAUAUAAAGGAAGUUUACAACGAAAUAAAUUUUUAUUGCACCAGAUCGAAUUCUCCUAAACAUGCACUUCCUCUCACAUCUCGCAGUUCUCAAUUUAGCCAUGCUGGCGUUCGCUCACCCUGGCGAGGAGGAGCAUCGCCACGACCGGAGAGCGGAGCUCAAUAUUCGCGAGUUCAAAGUGGCAGCCAAGCGGGGGCUCUCCGCCUGCUCCGAGAAGCUUCAGCGGCGGGACUUCCAUAACCGCGCCGCCGAACGUCGUGCAGCCAAGGUUGACUCUUACCGCAGACACAACGGGCUCCGCGCCCGUGACACAAACACCACUGCUGACACUUCGCACCUCUCGUCCGCUAACUACACCAGCGGUACACCAGAGUCGACCAUUUUCGCUAGUAAUGGGACGUGUAUCCUGAACCCCGAAGGCGAAACUGGUCCAUAUUGGGUCAAAGGAGAGCUCAUCCGAUCUGACCUUCGUGAGGAGCAGCCCGGUGUACCUAUCACCAUUGAGGGCCAGUUUGUGGACGUCGAGACCUGCGAGCCUAUCGUUGGCCUGUACUGGGACAUUUGGAAUUGCAAUUCCACUGGAGUCUACUCUGGUCUCGUAGCUAUGGGAAAUGGGAAUUCCGACGACGAGUCAAACAUGAACAGCACUUUUUUGCGUGGUAUCCAGCAGACUGAUGAUGAGGGUGUCGUUACUUUCGACACCGUCUUUCCAGGUCACUACAGCGGUCGUGCUACGCAUAUUCACAUGAUUGCUCACCUGAACGCUACCCUUCUCUCAAACAACACUCUUUCUGGAGGAACUGUCCCGCAUGUCGGUCAGGUUUUCUGGGACCAGGAUUUGAUUAACGAUGUCGAGGCUACAUACCCUUACAAUACCAACACUAUUGCUAUUACCGAAAAUGUCGAUGACCGUGUCUUUUCUACAGAGACCGAGGACACCACUUCAGACCCUGUCCUCGAGUACGUCUACCUCGGGAGCAAUUUGAGCGAUGGUCUUUUUGCCUGGGUCACUAUCGCUGUCAACACUUCUGCCACCUAUGACCCUAAUUACUCCUUUGUCUGGACUUCAGAUGGUUCCAUUGCAGAAUCUGGUGGAGAAUUGACUGUUAAUUAAAGCCAUCAACGGUACAUAUAUAGGUACUGACCGCUACCGACUGUUACAUGCUCGAUGGACGCAUGCUCGAUGGUAAUGCUCUUCCUUCAACCAAGUACUAUAAUCUCUCUACUCAUGGACUUGAAUCUGGAUCAACUAUGCAUGUACAGUAUACAAAUAUAAAAUAUUUGUUUCCACAGA